AUGUAUCCCAGUUCUCUUCAAAAACAUAAAAGGACACAUACUGGAAAGAAGCCCUAUGAAUGUAAAGUAUGUGGUAAAGCCUUUAGUUCUUCCAGUCAAGUUCAAGUGCAUGGAAGAGCUCACACUGGAGAAAAACCCUAUGAAUGUAAAACAUGCGGUAAAGCCUUCAGCUCUUCCAGUUAUGUUCAAAUACAUGAAAGAAUUCACACUGGAGUGAAACCCUAUAAGUGUAAAAUCUGUAGCAAAGCAUUCACGUAUCCCACUUCUCUUCAAAAGUGUAAAAGGACACAUACUGGAGAGAAACCCUAUGAGUGCAAACAAUGUGAUAAAGCCUUCGGAGAGCACAGUUCUCUGCAAAAACAUGAGAGAACACAUACUGGAGAGAAACCCUAUGAAUAUAGACAGUGUGGGGAAGCCUUCCGUUUUCAUGAGGAUUUCCAGAUGCAUAAAGGAACUCACACUGCAGAGACACUAUGA